AUGGAUGGUCCCGAUCUUUCACUCCCGCCCAAGCCGCCGGUCCCUAACCCCAAGCUUCGGCCUUAUAACAGCUGGGGUAUGCCCCCAAAGCCUCCAGUCGCACCUCAACUCCAGCAAUCGACGCCUUGCAUGCCAGCAGUCAGCCAUGGCUAUGCGAAUCCCACACAGUGUUCGUCUUCUUCGCCUGUCUUUACACCAGCAGCUUUUGCGCUGUCUUCGUCGCCGAGUGCUUCGGGACAGGCACCUUUCUGCGUCCCGUCUCCUCAGGGCCUUCCUUCCCCGUCGAGAUACCCGAAUCGCAAUGAUAGCGCGUUACGGAAUAUAACCCCGUCGCCUCGAAUUCAGACGCCUACAAAUGGUCCUGUUCAGCAACGGCGACACAUGAGAAAACGGGAUCGCAGAAUGCUUCCUGAUAAAUCGCCGGGAGAGCGUUUACCAGAACCCCGUCCUACCGGGAAGACUCCUCCCUGGAGAAAGAACAAACACCUAGGUCCAAGCCCGUUCCAGAAACCAAAGAGACCCCGCACACCCUUGGAACAACCUUUCAUGACCCGUACAGAAGCCAUUCUAGAAGGAAUGGGCCAGGACCCCAUCCGCCGAUUCUUCGAUUUAUGCCUAGAUAAAGGCGUGAACAUGCUCAAUGCCGAGGAGCAGCAGUUGCUAAGCGCGUACAUCGACCCCCAGGUAGAACACCAGCGAACCCUGGUAUACCGCGUGGCAGAGCAGGUCCUGUGGUGGAGCCGCAGCCACGCACUCACGUACAAGCUCUUGUCCUGGAUCCAAACCCGAGACCAGAACACCGAGAUCACGGUCAGAAUGCUCAGCGAGCGCCUAAGCAUGCUGGAGCCCGAGGACGACAAGAAGAUAAUGUCUCUAGAAGAGCUCGACGAGCUCAUGAACUGCCAGAUCGCACUCGACAUGUGCAAGAAAGAGUUACAGAAGAAAGGAGACAAGAAACCCGAAUCUCCUUAG